AUGGUUUUUAAAUUAUUCGAAAAUUUUGGAAUUAGUGAUUUUCUUUUAUUUUUAAGUACCAUAUUAACGAUCUAUGUGGCACAAUAUUAUUACAAAUAUUUUACUCGUGCCAAUCCUUUACCUGGACCAUUUCCAUUCCCAUUCAUUGGUAAUUUACCUCAAUACUAUUUGUGGUCUAAAGGAAAUAUCAAAGAAUUUUAUGGAUAUAAUUACAAGAAAUAUGGUGAUAUUGAAGGAUUAAAAGAAUUGGGAAUUGAAGGAAAAGGAAUAUUGUUAAAUCAAGAUCUUAAAUCGUGGAAAUAUAAUCGUCAGUUUUUCUCUCAAGCUAUUUUGUCACCGAAAUUUACUAAUGAAGCUAUUGAUUGGACAAACAAACUUUUCAACGAACUGGAAGGUUAUUGGAAUAAGUUAUUCCUUAAAGAAGAAAUUAUCAAAGAAAAUAAAAAUAAAUUGGAUUUUGCCGCAUGGCUUCUUCAUUACACAAAUGAUAUGAUUAUUAAAAUAUUAACUGGGGAAAGAUCUUAUUCAAUGGCGGCUUAUUUUGAUACUCUCAGUGAUGAAAAAUCUGAUCAUCCAUUAGCAAUAGUCGAUGAUUCUGUAAAAUUAGUUCAAGCACUUCGUAAACANUUUGUAUACGUAUCUCCUUUCUUACGACAUUAUAUUCCAUUUUUUAAGAGUAAAGCAGAUGACUUACUUUUAAAUUUAAGAUUUAUUAAUAAAAGACUGGAUGAAAUUAUUAAGAGACGUAGACAAGCAAUUGAAAAUACAUCAUUGGAUAAACCUUUAAAAAAUGAUAUGUUAACAUCGUUAAUUACUGCGAAUACACCUCGUGAUGUUAAUCAUGUCAAAACUGUUGGCGGUGAAGCUUUGGAUAGACCUAUGACUGAUACUGAAAUUCGUGGUAUUAUUUUUGAUGGAUUUCUUGGUGGAACUGAUACAACAGCAAACACAAUUUCGUACAUUAUAUACUAUAUUGCACAUAAUCUAGAUGUGAAAAAGAAAUUGAUAGAAGAAAUUGAUAGAAUAUUCCAAGGUGAUAAAACACGUCCAAUCACUGAAAAUGAUUUUCAAAAAUUAAAAUACUGUGAAGCAAUUGCAAAGGAAGUCGCUCGCGUCUUCACAGUUGUACCUUCGUUUACAAGAUAUAUUAAUAAACCUGAUGAAAUAGCAGGAUAUAAAUGGCCAGCCGGGACAAUGUUUCGAAUCAAUGCCGAUGCUAUUCAUUAUAAUAGAGACUAUUGGGAAGAUCCUGAUAAAUUUAAUCCUGAUAGAUGGAUGGUUGAAGGUUUUGAGCCAAAUAAACAUUCAUUACUCAUGUUUGGCGGUGGAUUAAGGAUUUGCCCAGGAAGAAAGUUGGCAAUGAUUGAAUUAGUUUGUUUGAUUGCUUUAUUAUAUAGAAAAUACGAAAUUGAUCUAGUAGAUAUGAAUGCUCCUUUAAAAGUUAUAAGUGGCGGUGUAACUGCUUGUACCGAAUUAUUAGUUGAAAUUAAACCAAGAAAUUGAUUUUUGUGAUUAUAAAUAUACGGUAAAUAAUUUUUUUUAAAAAUUUUACUAUAUAAUCAAUUUUUAUUAUUAAGUUCUUUAAAGCAUUCCGCAGUAGUUUCGGGAAAGUGUAAUACUAAAAUUUUCAUGCUAUGGUUAAUUGCCUUUACCGAAUUACCGAAAUUGACAAAGAUACCAAGUUUACUCGAAAUUUAUUAUUAUUUAGUUUGUUUUUU